CUUGAAGAUAAGAAAAUGUUUUUUAAUUAAUUGUUUCUAUUUUUUUCCUUUUGAUUUAAUUAUUUUCCUUAUCUUCUUGGGUUAUUAUUUUUAUUCUUUCUUUAAUUUCAUGAUGGCUUUUGUUGGUCAUUCUAUUAGAAAUGCUCUGCGUACAUUUAGAGUUCCAAUGGUUGCGAAAUAUCAUCAAUCAAUUGGUCAUUUAAGUGAUAAUUUUGUUCAUUCAGGAAGACGUUUGUUUUCAUCUUCUUCUGAUUCAUCUGUUGAAGAUACUUUCAAAAUGGCCGUUACUCAGGUUAAUGGUCUUCGAUCUGAACCAGGUAAUGAAGUGAAGUUGAAACUAUACGCUUUGUAUAAACAAUCAACCGUUGGGCCUUGUAAUGCUACCAAACCAGGGAUGUUUGAUGUUGUUGCUAAGUAUAAAUGGGAAGCUUGGUCCAAUUUGGGUGAGAAAAGUAAAAAUGAUUCCAUGAAAGAAUAUAUCAACUUGGUUGAAAGUCUAAUUAAAUCAAUUGGCCUGGUUGAAGGUGAACUUGAUAAUAAUGUUGGUAAAACAGAUUCCAAUCCAUCGGCACAAUCAUCAUCAUCAUCAACUGAUCCCUUAGUGAUUACCAAUAAACAAGGAGUACUAACGAUGAGGUUAAAUCGGCCGGAUAAGAAAAAUGCUCUUCUAACUGAAAUGUAUCAUCAAAUUACCAAAACUCUCAAUGAUUCUGCUAAUGAUGAUAAUGUAAAAAUGAUUAUCAUCACUGGUACUGGUGACUACUUUUCUAGUGGAAAUGAUUUAAAGAAAGGUCUUGGCUCAAAAGUUGUUUCAUCUCAAAUCAAGACUCAAAAUAAAGAUGAAACAAAUUUCCAAAUUAAACCAACUGAUGAUAUUGUCAAACUCGCUAAAGAUUCAGCCUUAUUAUUGGAAAACUUUGUCAAUUCUUUCAUCGAUUUCCCUAAGCCCUUGGUCGCCGUUAUUAAUGGACCUGCUUUCGGAAUCAUGGUUACAACUCUUGCUCUUUGUGAUAAUGUGAUUUGUUCCGAUAAGGCCACGUUCCAGACUCCAUUCAUGUCGACCUCACAAACGCCCGAGGGAUGUUCAACUUACACCUUCCCUCGAAUCAUGGGAACAGCUAAAGCCAAUUCCAUGUUACUCUUUAAUCAGCCAUUAACAGCUCAAGAAGCUUUACAAGCCGGUUUCGUUUCUAAAGUGAUUCCUCAUGAACAAUUGAACAAUUAUCUUGAUUCUUGGUUAUAUGGUGAAAAAGGAUUACUAAGUUUCGGUUCAACAAUCACUUGGACCAAAGGAAAACCCUUAAUUAGAACUGAAGAGGAGAGACAACAAUUAAAGAAGGUCAAUAAAAUCGAAUGUCAAAUCCUCGCAGAAACUUGGUUAUCUCCCGAUUUCACCCAGGCCAUGAUGAAAUUUUUCUCUCGUAAAAAGUAAAUUUCAAUUAACUCAAUUUACUUUUUUUCGAGUUGAUCAAAAAUGAGAAGAAAAAAAGUUCUCUUCAAAGCUAAUUUAAAUCUCUUCCAAUAACAAUCAUGGUACAAUUAGAGAAGAGCUUUUUCAGUAUGUUAACUGUACUUUUUACUUUUAUUUGAUAUUAAAGAUUUUAUGAUUAA